CUCUUUGCGACCAGCAACUUUAUACUCUUUCAUCCCCUAAACCCCCCCCCACCUCACAGUCGCAAUGGCUCCCGCUGUCCGUGGUCGCAAGGCCCAGAAGGUCACUCAGAAGUUCAUCAUCAACGCUUCUCAGCCCGCCAACGACAAGAUCUUCGAUGUCUCCGCCUUCGAGAAGUUCCUCCACGACCGCAUCAAGGUCGAGGGCCGUGUCGGAAACCUCGGUGACAAGGUCGUCAUCUCCCAGGUUGGUGACGGCAAGGUCGAGGUUGUCGCUCACAUCCCCUUCUCUGGUCGCUACCUCAAGUACCUGACCAAGAAGUACCUUAAGAAGCAGCAGCUCCGUGACUGGCUGCGCGUUGUCUCCACCUCCAAGGGCGUUUACGAGCUCCGCUUCUACAACGUCGCCAGCGAGGAGGCUGACGAGGAUGAGGAGUAAAUUCUUCCUUCAUUGGAAUGGAUUUGAGUGUCAAAAUGGACUGAAUUCUGUGCUCGAUUGGGGGUUUCCACCAAAAGUUCAAAAAGUUUAAGUUUUUAGACGGGAG